CCUGCCAGGCCAUGAUGAAGUCUGUCACCUUCAAUCGUGCUGUGGAUGCGCUGGUGGCGGUGCAGAGACUCCCGGGCGGCGACACCCACCUGAAUGGGAUGGCGAUUCGAUUGAUCAGCAACCUUGACAGAGGUGGAGACUGGGACUGGGACGACAUCCUAUACGAUGCACAGCUUUGGGAAAUCGCCGGAGUCCAGAAGCAGGACGCAAGGCAAGCGUUCGAAGGCGUCAUCAAGCUCUGCGGGACUGGCGACGCUCCCUCGUCGGAGUUCCAGGUCGAGAGCAGGGACGGACCGUCGCUGAAGGGCUUCAUCGCUGGCCAGCAGGUCGCCCUCCGGUUGGAGCAGUCCUCGGCCGAGCUCGGCUGGGGCGACUUCUCCAGAUACGUCCGACCGAGCCGCUGCCGCUGGCCGCAGGGAGGCAGUGCUGGCUGGGCGCGUCCAAAAGCAAGGGGAGGAGGAUCAGGAGAGCGUGUGCGUGUGAGCGUGUGGACACAUCGUGGCGGGAUAUCGCCCGGAUGUCAUGGCCACUCUUCCUCUCUCAACACGUCGCUUGCCCUGGUUUCCGAUGCAGAAUCCUUUCGCACUUCCAUCGCUAUGUCCAGAUUCGCUCUGGCCCUCUUGACUAGUGGUUCGUAUACUUCGAUCAAUUGUCAUGACGGUCGUGCGCCGGCAUUGCUGACGAUGUAAAGCAUCAUUGGUAAUAAUGAGGUUGGGCAGGCUUACGCUAUGGGUAGAAGGUGCAAAAGGACUUAUGAACCUGUUCGGAUGACCUGGAGGCAACGCCCCGUCGGAUCCCCUGGGGGGUAAAAAACAAAUCAAGUUACAUUGACGUGUGGCGG